AAUUAGGAAAUAGCAACAACGGAUUGGACGUGCUAUUAUUAUUCGCUACUGUUUCACUCUUUGUUAAUCUAAUAAGCACGUACGUGUAUCUAAUUUUACGAAACCUUAUCAAAGACAUUUUUACGAUAUCGCAUUUCAGUAAAACGUAUUUACAGAAGUGUAUAGCGGAAACAUUUAAUCAUAACAUCGUUCAACACACAGAGAGAAAGUUAAGACUUGUCUUGCGAGAUUCAAUCUGAAGGAUCUUUUAUGCCAAAGACUCAACGGUAGUUGUAAAACUAAGUAAGGUUUGGAAAGGGAAUGGCUCCUGAUGAGCAACACAGAAAUACUGGUCAUAAACGAUGUUCAAGAUCUUCCGUACUAGAUCUUAAACAAUCAACUCCAGUCAUCCCUCUUCCAGAAGUAGAAAUGUAUUCUAAACAUUUGGAAACUAGAGAAAAACUAGAAGACACUCCAAGCCACCCUGGAAAUAUUGCUAAACAAAAAGAGUUUGUAUCGUCAGUUUCAAGAUGUAAUCCUGUCGAACCAAACGACUUGUUGGAUAAUACGAUUCAAAAGAACGUAACAGAAAGACUCCGUAACAUACAGGUUACACCAGAGUGUGUAGAUCACGGAAUGAAUAUUAGCAGUACUUGCUAUUAUCAGUCAGAUACACAGAAGAAUACACCCCCCAAAACUCGAAGGCUCUCAACUGGAAAACAAAAAACUCAACCAUUUCUCUCCUUUAUAAAAGUACUUUCCUUGGCUUCUGUCAUUCCUUCUAUUUCCGUAGCCGACAAUUUACGAGAAACUUUUGUAACGCGCGGAAAUCAUAAAACCGAGUAUGAGCAAAUCAAAGAAGACACAGAGAGUUUUUCUAAAGAUGCCAUUAAAUACGUUUUAGUAACCAAACGAUGGAAAAACGUUACGCUUGCACAUGAUUACAAACCCUUAAACAAUCCCCUUGCGAAAUUUUUCAGGCAGCUAGUUGUAAAUAUGGUGACCGAAUAUCAAAUUCCUAUUAAGAACACUGUAAAAACUCUGGAUUUAUCUGAAAGCAAUACAUACGAGUCUUUUUUGGUCAUUACUGACAGCGUAUUUGAAGGCCACAAAGACGUGAUAACUUGGGGCCGAUUGAUAUCCCUGCUUUCGUUGGGUGUCGAAAUCGCACUACAUUUCUGUGAAAAAGGAAUGGAAGAGUUUGCUGAAGAUAUUGUGGAUUUUGUGGGCCGCCACCUGGGAGAAAGAGUUACACCAUGGGUUCAGAAACAAGGGGGUUGGCGAAGUCUUUACCAGAGUUUUCCCCCGGAAAAUCACGUGGAUCAGAUUGUUAGCAAAGCUUUGACCACAACAGUUGGGAUUCUGGCCACAGCCGCAGCUACAUUGUAUGCCUUUCGCUGACAUCGAUUAUAACACCGGGUGUUAUAUCUAAAGACAUUAAAGUUUGUCAUUUAGCUUUAGUGUUGAAUACAGGCUUUUAUUCAUUAAGAAAAACAACAACAACAAAAAAACACAUCGAAAUAAUAUAAUAAUAAUAUUAUUCAUUUUUUUGUCAUAAAAGGUUAUUUGUAAAAGCGAAAUACUCUGGGUCCAAUGUUGCUAAGCUCGCUUAUAAGCUUAUAAUGAGCGGAAUUGGGCUUUUUUUGUUGUUGUUUUGUUUUUAAAGUCGCCUUCGCUUUAAUUUUUUGAGAGUGGUAGGUUGGGGUUCUUUUAUUCGUUGUCGCUUAUUUUGGCCUAUUUUACAAUAGCUGAUUCCAACACACAGAAAAAUGUUUGUAGGAGUGGUUUCGGCAAUUGACUGGGUUAAUGAAUAGCCUACAAUUUUAGAAUCAUCCUAUCCCCACUCCUGUUCAAUUAAGAAACACACCCACAACCGUGAACUUUCUGGCCCGCCCACUUGACACGUUCUAUAUUCCAAUUAAGCCGCGGAAAUCGCCAUUUUGAGGGUGAGCCAUAAAAGAGUAGUUUUGAAAGUCAGUAUUAUUUGGUUUGUGUUUGUUUUAAACGGCAGUGCCCCCCCCCCCUUUUUUUUUCUCUCGCGAAACCUGACAACGCUGUUUGGGUCUUGUCACAAGCGCUAUUUAAGUUGUCAUCAAAAGUGGUUUAUGAAAUAUUUCGCAUCUUUUUGAUUUAAGAAACAUUAUGGAUAUUAUUUUAAGUGAGUAGUUUUCAGAUAUGUUGUUAUAUAACCAGUCUUUAAAGAUCAGUGCGUAUGAUUAGGUGAUAUGACUGAAAUUUUAGUAUAUUUAUUUAACUCUCUAAAUUCGAGCUAUGCAAAGGAAGAUACUGUUUAUUUGGCAGUGAAAUCUUUUUUGAAUGUAACAUUCUACUUCACAUAAACCAGUAAAAGUUGCUCUUUCCAAGAUCAAGCGAAAUCCAUGCUUUUCGUGACGUCAAGGGUACGUUUUUUUUUGUUUUACAAAUUAUAUUGAUGAAAGAGAAAAGUACUCAUGUCGUGCCAUGUCAUUUUAUAUUGUAUUUCGCGAUAAAAAUCUCGUAUUUUAAAGUGCUAUAUAUUGCCAUCAAUAAUCUUUUAAUGACUACUAAAAAAAAUCCAGUUUUCAAAGGCUGUUUUUGUUUUAUAGCGCAAAACUACACAAUGGGCUUUCUGCGACCUGUCCACUGCGUGGAAUCAACCCCCGAAUUUCAGCGUUGUAAGCCUGUAAACUUACCACUGACUCACUGGGAACCUUAAAAUUAAUAAAUUAAAUCCCCAUUUUGAUAGUUUCAGAAAGAAGUAACGAUAGUUGAGCCCGCCAUAAUUCGACGAUUAAUUUGAUAAGGGAUAUGUAAUCUUAUUUAAUUUGGCAGCGUUUAUAAAUUGAAAGCUUAGCGGAGAAAUGUAUAAUCGUGUUUUAGCUGCCUCUGAAAAUUAUACUCCGGAACCAUGGUUGUAAGAUUUAAAAAAAAUUUCGCUUGGCACUUUUAAUUUCAGGUACUUAUUCGCUUGACAACUAUGUUUAUACGAAACGAUGCAUUGAAAGCGAAAAGGAAAUUGACCGUACCAUUUUUUUUUAAAUUUUUAAACAUCAUAGGGUAAUUUGAAUAAAUAUAUAUUUCAUAUAUAAUAAUCCCCCUGGUGGCUUAGCGGUACUGUAGGUACCUCGAGCUCUUCAUAAUAUUUAAGUUUAACAUUGAAACGUUAAUGUUCUCGUUGCCAGAUGAGACAAUAUGGCCGAUUGAGAUUAAUAUCAUUAGUUUAUAUUUCCUUGUUUUAAUUAAGUGCAUCACAUCUUCUAGCUUUACUCAUAUUUGUCCAUUUGCUUCAACAUGAAUGUGUAUAAUUAUUAAUUUCAGUGGAUAAACUGUCUUACCCCCACCCCCCGGCUUAUAACGCAAAAAAAAAAACACAAAAAAAAACGGGUUUCGAUGCCCAUGGUGUGCACAGCACAGAUAGCCCAUUUUGUAUCUUUGUGGUUAACAAACUGUGUACUUACUGUGUAAGGCAUGAGGGUUGUUGUCAAACAGCAGGCCUGCUGGUAUAGUUAAAUGGUGUUCUGAACCAUUUUAAUAUAUCUUCAUCAACCCACUAUUAAUACACAAAUCUGGAAGAGACUCUACAAUCUAUAAAUCUAAAAUUAUUACUCAAAUAUUUCAUAAGUCCUGAUAACAAAGUGAUACAGCACAGAAGCAGUCAUCUUUGUCCAUUUGCUACGCUUCAACACGAAUGUUUAUAGUUAUUAAUUUCAGUGGAUAAACUGUUUUAACUCUUCCCCCCCCCCCUCACCCUAGUGGUUCAGCGGUAAGUCUGAAGGCUUAUAACGCAAAAAUUAGGGUAUCGAUAACCGCGGUAGGCAGAGCACGGAUAGCCCAUUGUGUAACUUUGUGCUUAAUAAAUAAUGAUCUAUAAUAGCUUUCACCACCUGGCGGAAUAUUUAUUAUAAACUAGUACACUCAACAAAAGGAAUCAUACUGACUUUUAACAGUAGGAUAAUCCAUGUCCGUGAGAUUGAAAAGUUAAGGAUUUCUGCUAUAUCAGUAUUUCCAGUAAACGUGGAUUAAACUUCCAUUACCGUCAUAAACAUGCAUAUCGAUUUGCAGCAUUCAUGGUUGUGAUACGUAUUGUAUACAUUAUAUAUGUAUAGUGAAACUGGUAUUUUAUUGCUGUACUAACGAAGAUUUAGCUGGUUGUCAUGUAUGAUUGGAAAAAUUUCCUAGAACAGUGCGUGAUCUCUUAAUUUCUCAGCUCUGAUGACUCUCUGAAGUUUUACU